CGUCAGCAGAAAACGUAAACAAUGAUUCUACUUCCGCUCCUCGUGAACGCCACACUUUUGUUUUUAAAAGGAGGUCUUGAUUUGGAUUAAAUGUGAAAAUAUUUGAACUUGAAAGAAACUCACUGGAUUUUAUCGUGCACUGUCCAGUGCACCACCUGCUGGCCAAAGAAGGGACUGCAGCAGUUCGCUGCACCUGUGUCUAUCUUCUCUAUUUUGCCUUUAUUUUGUAGCCUGAGAUGGAGAAGAUGACCAGGGUGAGCACCAUCACUGGCCGUACCAUGUUUUGCCACCUUGAUGCUCCAGCCAAUGCCAUCAGCGUGUGCCGAGACGCUACUCAGGUGGUGGUUGCAGGGCGCAAUAUUUUUAAGAUAUACGGUCUGGAGGAAGAUGGUUUCGUGGAGCGUUUGAACCUGCGGGUGGGAAGGAAACCCUCGCUGAACUUCAGCUGCGCAGAUGUCAUGUGGCAUCAGAUGGAGGAAAAUCUGCUGGCUACUGCUGCCACUAACGGAGCGGUGGUCACCUGGAACCUAGCGCGGCCGUGCCGAAACAAACAGGAGCAGCUGUUUACAGAGCACAAGCGCACUGUGAAUAAAGUCUGUUUUCAUCCUACUGAAGUUCACAUGCUGCUGUCCGGCUCUCAGGAUGGAUUUAUGAAGUGUUUCGACCUAAGGAAGAAAGAGAGCGUCAGCACGUUUUCAGGUCAGUCUGAGAGCGUCAGAGAUGUACAGUUCAGUAUGAAGGAUUAUUUCACCUUUGCGGCCUCAUUUGAAAAUGGAAACGUGCAGCUUUGGGACAUCCGUAGACCCGACCGGUACGAGAGGAUGUUCACCGCACACACGGGUCCUGUGUUCUGCUGCGACUGGCACCCUGAGGACAGAGGAUGGCUUGCAACUGGCGGCCGUGAUAAGAUGGUGAAGGUCUGGGAUAUGUCGACCAAUCGCGUGAAGGAAAUCUACUGCGUCCAGACCAUCGCGUCGGUGGCGAGGGUGAAGUGGCGCCCGGAGCGGCGUCAUCACUUGGCCACCUGCUCCAUGAUGGUGGAUCACAACAUUUACGUGUGGGACGUCCGCCGACCGUUCAUUCCAUUUGCUACGUUCGAGGAACACAAAGACGUGACCACGGGAAUCGUGUGGAGGAACCAGCACGACCCCUAUUACCUGCUGUCAGGGUCAAAGGACAGCACGCUGUAUCAGCACUGGUUUAAAGAUGCCAGCAGGCCAGUGGAUCGCGCCAACCCGGAGGGACUCUGUUUCGGGCUGUUUGGUGACCUGGCGUUCGCUGCUAAGGAGAGUUUGAUGGCGGCUCCCCCAUCUGUAGGUGACGUUGGGCGUAAAACGUACCCGGGCGGAGAUCGGCGGUACCCCAUCUUUUUCUUCAAGAAGCCGGAUGUGACGGAGCAGUUUGCGCAGGUAUCCAGCGCUCUCAGCGUGUUUGAGAGCGAGGCGGGGAGCAGUGUCGGGAUGGAUUGGUUUAUUAAGACGGCACAGAGUUACCUAUUGAGCGGGAAACCCUUCGGUGAACUCUGCGAGCACAACGCUCAAGUUGCCAAGAGGCUUAACAGACCUCAGGAAUCGACCACAUGGACUAUGCUGCGAAUCAUGUUCUCAGAGCCCGCCAAUCCAUGCUUGUCAGCCAAUCACAAUCUGAAUAAAUCAGGGAACCUCCCACUCGUCAACAGUUUCAGUAUGAAGGAGAUGAGCGCCGCUCUGAACGAAAGAAACAAAGAAAACAGACAAGACAACCUGGAGAACAACAACAACGAUGAGAACGAAGAGACGGAGGGCAGCGAGGGUCAAGCCGAGUAUCUGUUUGGAGAUGCCGAACUGGAUGAUGAUGAUCUGUACAGCAUGGAACAUGAAAACCAGCCAGCAGAGGAACCGGAGUAUCUUCUUCCACAGGAGGCCUUCCCGUUACGCCACGAGAUCAUGGAUCACCCGUCGGCUCCCGAACCGCUGCAGGAGAAGCCGGAGUCCCCUCACGUGAGCGGGAGCGAGGCGGAGAGCAUGUGUCUGACUCCUAUGGAGUCUUUCAGUCUCAUUUCUGUCUCUCAGCUGCUCUUUUCUGCUCAUCUGCCCCCGAAGUUCUUCUGUCCCAUCGUGAAGGAGAUGCUGUGUUAUUACGCCGAGCAGGGUGACGUGCAGAUGGCCGUGUCCGUGUUGAUCGUGCUGGGCGACCGCAUUCGUAAGGAGAUCGAUGAACUCACACAGGAGCACUGGUACAUGUCUUACAUUGACCUGUUGCAGCGUUUCGAGUUGUGGAACGUCAGCAAUGAGGUGAUCAAACUGAGCACGUGCGGAGCGAUCAUGUGUCUGAAUCAAGCAUCCACCACCUUACACAUCAACUGCAGCAACUGCAAACGACCAAUGAGCAACAAGGGCUGGAUCUGUGACAGGUGUCACCAGUGUGCGAGUGUUUGUGCCGUGUGUCAUCAUGUAGUGAAGGGUUUGUUCGUGUGGUGUCAGGGCUGCAGUCACGGUGGGCAUCUGGAGCAUCUGAUGGAUUGGCUGAAGCAGUCCGAUCACUGUCCGGCCGGCUGCGGACACCUGUGUGAAUACACCUGAUGAACAGAUCGAUGGUUGUAUGGACAAACAAUCAGACUGCUGUAAAUCCAGUAUCAUAAUCGGGAGAGUAAACGCACUUGAAUGUGUGCCGAAAACAAUCACAAAAUGUGCAGAGCUGCGAGUCCUCAAGGAUCAGAAUGAAGAACCACUGCCCUACAAUUCUGUAUGUGUGUAAAUGGAAGAAUAUGCCAUUGUGUUGAAAUCAGAUUUAUUUAAAAUUAAAUCUUGAGGAGAGAUUCAGUAUCUUGUGUUUUCGAUGACACUUAAGGGCACCUAAUGCAACAUUGAUACAGAUUUAUGUGACUUCAUAAGCUCAGGUAAGUGGGACUUUAACUUUCCUAAAUGCAGUAUUUUUUUACAAAUGGUUUGAUGCUCUGAUAGUAGUGACUUUUAUUGUUUUUAUAAUCUGCUUUGUUAAAGAGCACCUAUUUAAUUGCUAAAACACAUUAUUUUCCACAUACCGUACAUUUUUGUAGCUCCAGAAUUCACUCUCUUCCUGAAACGCAUGAAUUUGAAAAGCUCUGUGUCCCUGAUUGGCCAGCUAAUCUGUACGUUGUGAUUGGCCUGAAUACCUCUGACGUCAGUCGGAAAUGUGACACUUCUUACCAUGUUUGAAACAUUCGCUCACAAUGCAAUGCUUACAGGAGUUAAUGUAAAAUCAUGAAUCAGACCAUAGUGGCUCUUUUAAAGGUGGUGUGUGUAAACUUUACCGCCAUCUAGUGGUGAGAUUGCAAUUUGCAACCAACAGCUCACCCCUCAAUUUCAACGCAAAUAGUAGCUGCCACAGGACAAACUUGUUGUCGUCUGAAACAACGUAGGGACGAAAUGCGCUCUGUAGAGAAGUUACUGUAGAAACAUGAUGGCGACUUCCAUGUAAGGGGAACCGCGAUGUAUGGAGAUAAAAACGUCUCAUUCUAAGGUAAUAAAAACAAUACAGUUUAUUAUGUAAGGUCUUUAUAUACCACUGAUAAUAUAGUUAUGCAGAUUAUAUUGCAUUUCUGUCAAGAGAUCCUGCUAACAGUUACACAAUGCACCUUUAAAAUUUUAAUAAUCACUGACGAUUUGUGACAAAUAAUUGUGACCCAGUGUGUAAAAACCCAGCUAAAGUCAUUUUAAUGAUUGAAUGUUUUCUACAUAAAAUCAUCCUACAUAACGUAAAGAUUAUUCUGUUAAAAAUAACCUUGAUAUCUUUAAUAUUGACUGUGUAAGAUCAUGUAAAAAUUUAAAUGAAUGUGAAACCAAACUUUGAUGAUCAUUAGAUUAUGAGACUUUAAUCUGGAUCUAAAAAUAUAUGAUAAAACAUCAAACGAUCAUUUAAAGUCACAAUAAAUGUACAAACUUUUUGGGAAUAUUGUCACAAGGAACGGCAGCCGCGGGAGGGUGGGGUCCAGGAAAAGAUUACAGCAAUUAGCAACAUGACCCAACUUUCAACGAUCCAAUCAAUUCAAUGGAUGAAUAAUUAAAGUCCCGCCCUAUCUUCUUUCUCAUUUCAGAAGCCUUUUCUCAGAUAUGUACGUCACGACAGGGAAAAUAAGACAAUCGUUUGAUUUUUAUUUACUUUAAAUGAUGUUAGGGUAGUAUUCGUAAGGAAUAAUUGACGACGGGCCAUUGAAUUAUAAGAAAAUAAUGCACAACCAAGGUGGUAAUUUGCGUCGUGCCGUUACACCGUGCGU